CUAGCAGACACAGAAUCGAGGCGCAAAAUGGCUGCCCGGAACUGAGCCGAAUCUGCUGAUCCUGGUGAUUACUUUAUCCCUAAGUUUUUUGAAAGCCACCACAAAUCUGGGAGCAAUACUAAUCUUCUUUCAAGCACCUUAAAGCUACACUACAAAGUCCUAUUGCCAUUUUGACACAAUUUCUGGGAGAGGUAAUACAGAUACAUGUGUUUUCAUGAAGAGAGGGGACAAGCCAGAAGGACACAGGCAAAUGAGGCCCAAAACCUUCCCGGCCAGCAACUACCCAGGCAACAGCAGGCAAAUGUUGCUAGAAAUACGGGAAAGCCUCCGUCACUUGCCAAAACCAUCUGAUGUUUCCAAAAUGGAGGAUCCCAGGCAGGGUCGCAAUCCUCCCAAGUUUGGCACCUACCAUAAAGCUCUGGCUGAGAUCCGCAACUCACUGCAACCAUUUGCAAAUGCAACUGGGUCUUCUACCAGAAGUGGUACAGAAGUCAACAGACAAAUGCUUUAUGACUUGCAAGCUGCUGGAUUUAAUGAGGACAUGGUUGUUAAAGCCCUUCAACAAACAAAUAGCCGCAGCAUAGAAGCUGCAAUUGAGUACAUCAGCAGGAUGAACUAUCAGGAGCCAUACCGAGAGCCACUCAUUGCUGCAGCUGCUAGAACACACAAUCUUGUAAUGAAGCCCACAGGUGGUGUUCAACAUUCAGUGAAUCGUAGGCAAAGUUGGAAGGGUUCAAAAGAGUCGCUAGUCCCACAGAGGCACAUCUCUCCCUUAUCUGACAGUGUUGUUUAUGGAUCUGAAAAUCCACCCACACAAGCUGAGAUGGGUAGACCCUUGUCAGGAUCUGGUUUUACUCAAUCACUUUCUGUAAAUGGCCAGAGGGUGAAUCCACCACCACCACCACAAGUGAGAAGUGUUACUCCACCACCACCCCCUCCACCCAGGGGACAGACACCGCCCCCAAGGGGCACAACUCCACCGCCUCCUUCAUGGGAUCCCAAUUCUCAAAAUAAACGAUUUUCUGGUAACAUGGAUUUUAUAAUUUCUCGCAUUUCCCCUGUUCCACCAGCAGGUUGGCAGGAAACAUAUCAGUCUGCUUCCAUGAACUCCACACAAAUGAUGCACACACCGUCUCCAGGUCAGAGGGCUAUGAACCCUGUGCCUGUUGGAAGGCAGCCCAUAAUUAUGCAGUCAUCCAGUAACAGUAAAUUUGGCUACUCUGUAAGGUCUGGAAUGCACAAUGGCAACGGACAGGCUGAGUUUAUAAGUCAACAAGGAGGUGGCAAUGUAGGAGGCCGUCAACCACCACCUUAUCCUAUGUCAAAUGGUCCAAGCACUGCUCCCUCACCUUCUGUUUAUAACAAUGGUAACCUGCCCCCAUCCAUGUUGGUUCCAAAUCGAAAUAGCCACAACAUGGAACUAUAUAACUUAGGCAUUCCAAGUCAUCCCACUUCUUGGCCCCAGUCCUCCUCUACCCAUUCACCACCUGGAAGUGGGCAUGAAAUUGCAUCUUGGCAACCAAAUAUCCCUGUUCGAUCCAAUUCUUUCAAUAAUCCUUUAGCAAGUCGACAGGUACAUCCUGCUAAUAGUCAGUCAUCUGCCACUACUGUGACUGCAAUCACUCCAGCCCCUAUUCAGCAACCCGUAAAAAGCAUUAGGGUGUUGAAACCAGAACUUCAGACAGCAUUGGCACCAGCCCAUCCAUCUUGGAUGGCACAAAAUGUACAACCAGGACAUAUUCCAGAAGUAGUAUCACAUGGCAACGCAUUCCAGUCACCACAGGCUGAGGUACCAAAUUAUCAGGGGCCACCACCUCCAUAUCCAAAGCACUUAAUACAGCCAAACACUACUUUUUAUGAUACAGGACUUAAACCAAAUAAAGAAGAACCACAGACUGCAUCCCCAAAUAUACAAGAAGAAGUGGAGAGGGGUGCAGAAGCUGCUGUGGAUACGGUAGAGAAGGAAAAGAAGCAGAUAACCACUUCACCUGUACCAGUCAGAAGGAGCAAACGUGAUGAAGAGAGAAGGGAAUCUCAAAUUCAGAGUUACUCACCCCAGGCAUUUAAAUUCUUCAUGGAGCAACAUGUAGAAAAUAUCUUAAAAUCCCACCAUCAGCGGCUGCACAGAAAGAAACAGCUGGAGAACGAGAUGAUGCGGGUGGGCUUAUCACCUGAUGCCCAGGACCAAAUGAGAAAAAUGCUGAGUCAGAAGGAGUCAAAUUACAUACGUCUUAAAAGAGCUAAGAUGGACAAAUCAAUGUUUGUUAAGAUCAAGACACUUGGCAUUGGAGCAUUUGGGGAGGUAUGUCUGGCAAGGAAGACAGACACCAAUGCUCUUUAUGCCAUGAAAACGUUGAGGAAGAAAGAUGUUCUAUUGCGCAACCAAGUGGCACAUGUCAAAGCUGAGCGUGAUAUCUUGGCAGAGGCAGACAAUGAAUGGGUUGUAAGACUCUACUAUUCUUUCCAAGACAAGGACAAUCUUUAUUUUGUUAUGGAUUAUAUUCCUGGUGGAGACAUGAUGAGUCUACUUAUUCGCAUGGGAGUGUUUCCAGAGGAUCUGGCCCGGUUUUACAUUGCUGAACUGACAUGUGCUGUUGAAAGUGUCCACAAGAUGGACUUUAUCCAUCGUGACAUUAAACCAGACAACAUCCUUAUUGACCGUGAUGGCCACAUCAAGCUGACCGAUUUUGGACUCUGUACUGGUUUUCGAUGGACACAUGAUUCAAAGUAUUACCAAAGUGGUGACCAUUUAAGACAGGAUAGCAUGGAUUUUAGCAAUGAAUGGGGAGAUCCGGAAAACUGCAGAUGUGGGGAUAGACUUAAGCCUCUUGAGUGGCGAGCAGCCCGACAGCACCAGCGUUGCCUGGCUCAUUCUUUGGUUGGAACUCCUAACUACAUAGCACCAGAGGUGCUCUUACGUACAGGUUAUACACAGCUCUGUGAUUGGUGGAGUGUGGGAGUUAUCCUCUAUGAAAUGCUUGUUGGUCAGCCUCCUUUUUUGGCACAGUCUCCUUUGGAAACCCAAAUGAAAGUGAUCAAGUGGCAAACAACACUUCACAUUCCUCCUCAGGCUAAGCUUUCACCAGAAGCUUCUGAUUUAAUUGUCAAGCUGUGCCGUGGUCCUGAAGAUCGCUUAGGCAAAAAUGGAGUUGAUGACAUAAAAGCCCACCCUUUCUUUAAAAACAUUGAUUUUUCUAGUGACUUACGUCAACAGACAGCCUUGUACAUACCCAAAAUCACUCACCCUACAGACACUUCUAACUUUGAUCCUGUGGAUCCAGAUAAACUGUGGAAUGACGAGGAUAAGGAUGGUAAUAAGAAUGACACCUUGAAUGGGUGGUACAAAAAUGGCAAGCACCCCGACCAUGCCUUCUAUGAAUUUACUUUCAGGAGAUUCUUUGAUGACAAUGGGCAUCCAUACAAUUAUCCUAAGCCAAUUGAAUAUGACUAUGAUGAUACCCUGGAUGUUGGACAGCAGCAGUCUGAUGUAGAGGAAAGUGCACAAGCUGGGAAGAAACCCCCAAAUCGGGACUUGGUAUAUGUAUAAAGAAAAUAUGUGGGGAAAAUUGUUUAUCUGCUUAGAGAAUGAGGUGAUUAUUGGCCACAGGUUGAAUGGAUACAGUUUUCAUAUAGUAGAGUUUGAUCAAACAUUCUUGAUUUCACAGAAAUAAAAAAUAAAAAAAACACUGUAGUGAUUAGGCAAUGAAAUGAAAGCUUAGAAGGGCCAUUAAAUAAAGUAGUGGCAUUUGUUUUAGGUAUUUCAUAUCAUAUAAAUCCAGACGAAAACAACUUUGUUCCAGGCUGUUAAAGCACCUUUUGGUUGUGCUUUCCAGUUCCUAUGUUGUACUUUAUAUAAUUUUGUUGAAAGCAUUGCUUGCUGAUGAAAUGGGCAUCUUUUAAGUAAACUUUUAUCUAUAGCAACAUUAUGCAAGCUGGUUUUGUGUGGAAUGUCACACAAUAUGUAACUUAUAUUUACAGCUUGUUAUACCAUUUAUUCUGUUUUUGAUUAGGUUGCACACUAAAUGUCACCACCUAUUCCAUUGCACUCUUAUGAGUGCUGCUGGGUAAUAUAACUGGUUACAAAUAAUUCAUUUUGUUAA